GCCCGUCUGGCUGAAGAGUUUUUCUGGGUUGGUGGCAGCAUCGUAGCUUCUCCAAGAUGGAAAAUCGGCCACAUUGUGGAAAGAUGUAUGACUUCCAUGCAAGCUGGUACCCAAAUGAUCAAACUCCGUGGCAGUUCCAAAGGGUUGGUCCGCUUCUAUUACUUGGAUGAGCACAAGUCAUGUAUUCGCUGGAGACCCUCCCGAAAGAAUGAGAAAGCCAAGAUUUCUAUCGACUCUAUUCAGGAGGUUUGCGAGGGGAAGCAAUCGGAGAUCUUCCAGCGCUAUGCCGAUGGCAGUUUUGAUCCCAACUGCUGCUUCAGCAUCUACUAUGGAGACCACAUGGAAUCUCUUGACCUGGUAUCUUCCAGUGGAGACGAAGCGCGCACCUGGAUCACAGGGCUAAAAUACCUGAUGGCAGGGAUCAGUGACGAAGACAGCCUCUCAAAACGCCAAAGGACCAGAGACCAGUGGUUGAAGCAGACAUUUGAUGAGGCAGAUAAAAACGGCGAUGGCAGUCUGAGUAUUAGUGAAGUGCUCCAGCUAAUGCACAAACUGAAUGUCAACCUACCCCGGCAAAAAGUCAAGCAAAUGUUUAAGGAGGCCGAUACGGAUGACAACCAGGGCACGCUGGGCUUUGACGAGUUCUGCGCCUUCUAUAAGAUGAUGUCAACACGACGUGAUUUGUACCUGCUAAUGCUCACCUACAGUAACCACAAGGACUACCUAGACACAGAUGACCUGAGACGCUUCCUGGAGACUGAACAGAAGAUGACGAAUGUGACUAAAGAACACUGCCUGGAAAUCGUCAGCAAGUUUGAACCGUGCCUGGAGAACAAGAAGGAGGGAGCUCUGGGGAUUGACGGUUUCACCAAUUACAUGCGGAGUCCAUCAGGGGACAUAUUCAACCCAGAGCACUACCAAGUGAAUCAGGACAUGAGUUACCCUUUGAGUCACUAUUUCAUUACCUCUUCACAUAAUACCUACCUCAUGGGAGAUCAGCUGAUGUCCCAGUCUAGAGUGGACAUGUAUGCAUGGGUGCUGCAGUCUGGCUGCCGUUGCGUGGAAGUUGACUGCUGGGAUGGGCCGGAUGGUGAACCGAUUGUCCACCAUGGAUACACUCUGACUUCCAAAAUUCUCUUCAAAGAUGUGAUUGAAACGAUCAACAAAUAUGCCUUUAUCAAGAAUGAGUACCCUGUUAUCUUGUCAAUUGAGAACCAUUGCAGUGUCAUCCAGCAGAAGAAGAUGGCUCAGUAUCUUCUAGAAAUUCUAGGAGACAAACUGGAUCUGUCUUCUGUGCACAAUGAUGAUUCCACCAAGCUCCCUUCACCAGAAAGUCUUAAAGGCAAGAUACUGGUUAAGGGGAAGAAACUUCCAGCCAACAUCAGUGAUGAUGCAGAGGAAGGUGAAGUUUCUGAUGAGGACAGUGCUGAUGAGAUUGAUGACGACUGUAAACUAAUGAAUGGAGAUGCAUCUAGUAAUAGGAAAAGAGUGGAGAAUAUAGCAAAGAAAAAACUGGACUCACUCAUAAAAGAAUCCAAGAUCCGUGACUGUGAAGAUCCGAACAAUUUUACAGUUACCACUCUGCCCUCAUCAGGAAAGGCUGCUCUGAAAUCAGAGAGUAAGAAGAGUAAACUUGAGGACGAUGUGGAGUCUGGGGAAGACUUCAGUACCAGUAAAAGGCAGAGCCGGUCAUUGAUGGGCAGCUUUUCUAAACGCAAGAAAAAAGGAAGCAAAUUGAAAAAGGCAACAAGUCUGGAAGAGGGCGAAGACGAUUUGGAUUCUCAAGGAAAUUUAGCCAGGAGCUCUGUACAUACCAGCAGGAUGACCCGACAGAAGAAAACGAUGAAGCUGUCCAGGGCACUCUCUGACCUGGUGAAAUACACCAAGUCUGUUGGCAUCCAUGAUGUCGAAGCUGAAAUCUCGUCCAGCUGGCAGGUUUCAUCCUUCAGUGAAACAAAAGCCCACCAAAUCCUGCAGCAAAAGCCAGCACAGUAUCUACGGUUCAACCAGCAUCAGUUGUCCCGCAUCUACCCAUCUUCUUACCGCGUGGACUCUAGCAACUACAAUCCCCAGCCCUUCUGGAAUGCUGGCUGCCAACUUGUUGCACUAAACUACCAGUCCGAGGGGAGAAUGCUGCAACUGAACCGGGCCAAAUUUAGUGCCAAUGGGAAUUGUGGCUAUGUCCUCAAACCAAACUGCAUGUGUCAAGGUGUCUUUAAUCCAAAUUCUGAGGACCCGCUCCCUGGCCAAUUGAAGAAACAACUGGUCCUAAGAAUUAUCAGCGGUCAACAACUCCCAAAACCACGUGAUUCCAUGUUGGGAGACCGAGGAGAGAUCAUAGAUCCAUUUGUUGAAGUGGAAGUUAUAGGCUUACCUGUUGAUUGCUUCAAAGAACAAACUAGAGUAGUUGAUGAUAAUGGUUUUAACCCGAUGUGGGAGGAAACGUUGGUGUUCACCGUGCACAUGCCAGAGAUUGCACUGAUUCGGUUCCUUGUGUGGGACCAUGAUCCAAUUGGGCGUGAUUUUAUUGGACAGAGAACAAUAGCUUUCAGCAGUAUGAUGCCAGGUUACCGACACGUGUACCUGGAGGGUAUAGAGGAGGCAUCCAUCUUUGUUCACGUGGCUAUUAAUGACAUCUGUGGUAAGGCCAAACAAGCUCUAGGUCUAAAAGGCCUGUUUCUCAGAAAUCCAAAGCAGGCCUCCCUGGACAGUCAUGCUGCUGGUCAGCUCCACCGCAAACAUUCCUUUAGCAGCCACAUCUUGAGACGGACAGCCAGUGCACCCACCAAAAGCCAGAAGAAGAACAAGAAGGGCUUCCCUGAAAUUGCUUUUGACACAAAAGACAACAGCUCUGAAGGGGCCGGUGAAGACCGUGAAGUGGAAGCUGCCUCACAGCCUCGCUUUGAGCAAGAGCCAGAAAGUGCUUCUCUGUCACCAGCUCCCAGAGAUGGUGCCAGUGGGGUGGUACAUGGCAAGGGGUUGAAAGGUAAGGCCCACGGUUCUCGUAAAGCCAAAAACCAAAGUUGUGCUCAAGGGGGUGCUGCUUUCAGCGAACCCGUGCGGAGGUCUAACAGGGUCUGGCUUCAGGAGCACCAGAGCGAGAAGCAAAGUGUCUUUGCACGCUGUGCCAUCAACAGCUCUGGUAGGAUUGGAGUGGCCACCAAUUGCAUGAAAUGCAUGAUUGGUUCCAAAGAAAGCCCAGAUCUAGAAAGCAAGUGGAGUGACCAUCCUACCAGGCCUAUUGCUAAAGAUAUGCUUCACCAUGACCAGUAUAGCAGUAUAACUGGAGAAGAGAGGGUAGAGCUAAAAACCUGGGCAGUUAAAGGUCAGCCCAGGCGGCAAGCAGAUUUGCAGUCUUGCAGCAGCCCUGGAACUGCCGAUGAUCUCACAAGGAGCACCCAGUCUUCCGUGACCCCAGGGAAGAAAAAUGUUGAAUCUAAAAGUCACGGAAUAAAGGCUCAUUCCCGGCAACGGUGGCAGUGCCAAUCAGGUGGCAAGUAUGGAAGCACUGUCAACUUGGUUGCAGCCAGCAAUGGCUCUAUAUCCUCCAACUCCAGCAGUCUAGAAAGCCUUGGAAGCCCAGAAUUCCCCAAGCGCUGGCCUGAAGCUUCUCGGAGGCAAGCGGGCACCCUACAGAGGGAAAUGAACGCCUUGUUCGUUCAAAAAUUGGAGGAAAUUCGAAGUAAAUCCCCUAUAUUCUUUACUGAAACUAUCACUGAAGAGCCUGUUAUUGCCAGUGAAAACCAUCAUGCCAGCCUUUUCUUCCCUCUACCCAUUACUCCUUACAGUGAUUCUGAAGAAGGGUCUGUGUCUGAUCAUUCCACCGAACCUCGAUCAGAAGGAAGCGGCACAUCCCACCAGCCUCAAGAAUCUCUGCUCACUAGAGAACAAGGAACAGAUCUGGCUGCAGAAGACCAAGUGCAGGUAGUCACAAGAGCAGCUGACACAAGUUUUGUAGGCCAAGAAGACGAGCGGACAAGCACGGCGGGAUGUGUCAAAGAAGAAGAUGGUUGGACACAGGCAUGCAGUAAGGCUGAAGAUCCAUAUGGAUUGGCAGUGCAUCCUCAAAAAGCCUGGCUGAAAGUCGCAGCAGAUAAGGGCGCCGGCCAGCCCGCUGAAAACUGCCAGAAGCAAAGUGACCAACCAGGUCAGGUAUUAACGAACGUGAAGGGCACCGUUGAAUCCAAAGGCCAAAAACUUGGUGCGGCAGCUGUUCUGCUGCAGGAGAGCAAUGUGAUCAGCAGCACACCGACAACUUUGCCUCCAGAUACUCUCCAGAAAGCCCCAGCUGCACAGGCUCUACCUGUUUCUGUUUCUCAGAUGAGCUCUUACAUGUUGGUAAGAAGGUCAAAGAGUGAAGGACUGAAGACAUCAGACUCCUCAGCCUUAAUAAGAAUUCCAAGUAGCCUGUCUCCAGCAGCAGAGGUUUACUUUGAUGCCACUGUUAAUGACCGGAUCUGGAGCAAGCUAGAUUGCAGCAGUCACCGUGACAGCAUGUCUUCCUCUUCCAGCAUGUCCUCCAACGACACUGUGAUAGAUCUCUCCCUACCCAAUCUAGCUCGCAAAAGCCUCCCGGAUCUUGGCAUCCGUCCUGAAAAUUUUGAGCCCCUUGCCGUAAGAAAGGGCAUGCGCCCGCGAUCUGCUACGACGUCUGGUAACGAGAUGCCACUGGUGAGCAAGAGCAAAUCCAACCCUAACCUGAGGUCUGGCCAGCUGCCAGCGGAUGAAUUGUGCCCCCGUCCUCUUGCCAGGAGUCCCCAGGAUGCGUUCUCCUCCAUUCCCAGAAGGCAUACGUGGAGCAGGCUGUACAUAGAAAGCCUCAGACAGUCUUCUAACAAAUCCAAGGCACAGGAUAUGGUUGGGAAUAACCAAGCAAAAUCCAAGAGCCUUGGAGACCUUACCUCUGAUGAUAUUGUGUGCACUUUUGAAAGCAAAUACCGUAGCAUCAGCAGGAGUUUUGUGACUCGGUCAAUGCGGGAGCAGCGCCGCUCUUCAGGCCUGAGAUCCUCAGUCAGGUCCCAAGAUGAAUUGACUGAGCAGCUAAAAAAGCUGACAGCCUUUCAAAUCAGUCUCGAUCCAACUGAAUCUGAAGAGGAAGGGGAGAGCUUGGGACUCCUUCGCAGGUCGUCGUCUCGCAGUCAGAGCAGGGUGCGGUACAUUGCCAACAGGGCGAAGCAAGCCCAGGAGAGACAGCGGCUGCAAAGCCUGGGCCAGCUCAGUGGGAGCCCCAUUGAGGAGAGGGGAAAUCCGGAGGGAGCCUGCAGCGUUGCGAAAGCGGUUUGUAUGGAUGUGGCUUCUCCUGCUGCCUUUACACCCCAGCCGAAGACCCCAGCUGAUUAUAACACUGACACGGAAGUCUUCUUCAUGCUGAAACUGUAAUUCUGGGCAGCACUGAUAAGGCAAUGUUUACAUCCCUGUCCAAGCAAAACCCAGUGACCGGAGAGGCACAAAAUAUCCUCGUACGGCUCAGUGCUUCCGGCUUCCCCUUGACUGUAAGGUACUUAAUAUCCUGACUCCCAAGGCGUAGCUGAGCGUUAGAUCUGUCAGC